AUGCCAUUGCGAUCGAUUUCGGGGGGCGUAAACCCCCAAAAAUUUCGAGUCGUCAUUGUCGGCGGUUCGAUCGCUGGCCUGACUCUUGCCCAUGCUUUAGCUGCCUACAGUAUUGACUUUGUCGUUCUAGAGGCCCGUCAGGAAAUUGCUCCAAAUGUUGGCGCAAGUAUUGGUUUCACCGGGAACUCCCCCCGGAUCCUGGACCAGCUUGGUGUGUGGGAUGAACUUGCGGAACUCGCAACCACCAUAAUCAACAACUAUGCUUGGAACGAUAAAGGCCAUAUGCUUGGAUACACAGGAGCCUUCAAGCUAUCUCAAGUUCGCCAUGGAUACCCAGUCAUUUUCCUUAUGCGACAGCAAGUGCUGGACGUGCUCUGGAAUAAGUUGCCAGACAAGAGCCGUGUUCUAACUGGUAAAAAGGUGGUUAAGAUGCAGCAGGCCUCCACAGAAGCGACUGUGCACUGCCUCGAUGGGUCUACCUAUACGGGUGAUAUCGUUGUUGGCGCCGAUGGUGUGCACAGUAUCAUUCACAAAGAGAUGUACCGACAUAUGGAAAUGAUGCAGCUGGGGAUGGUCACGCAAUAUCGCGGUGUCUUUGGUAUUUCAAACUCGGUUGCAGGGAUCAGAGAAGGAGAGAUGCACAAUAUCUUUGUAAAGGGGGCUUCUAUCCUUACUAUUGGCUGCAAGGACCAUGUGUUUUGGAUCGUUGGAGUCAAGAUGGAACGAACAUACUACGCUCCAGAAGCUGUUCGUUUCGAUCAGUCGCAACUGGAAAAUGACCUUGCUUUUUUGAUGAGCAAAUACGUUUGCGCAGGAGUUCAGUUUAAGGAGGUAUAUCAACGAACUAUUAGAUGCAGCCAUCUGCCUCUUGAAGAAGGUAUAUUUGAGCGAUGGAAUUACGGAAAGGUAGCCUGUAUAGGGGACUCGGUUCACAAGAUGACUCCAAAUCUCGGCCAAGGAGGAUCUUGCGCUAUAGAAGACGCCGCAACCUUGGCCAAUGCAAUAAUAGAUAUUGUGGAAAGCCUAGAAAAACAGCAGCUUCCAAAUAUCGAAAGCAGAUUGGACUCCUGGGCAACUGUUAGCAAACCCAGGAUGAGGCUUAUAUGUACACUAUCAGAGAUGGUGACUCGGAUGCAAUCGCUAGAUAAUGUGGUCUAUAAGAUUACUGGCCCAAUCUUUUCCAAAUACUAUAUGGACGCUUUUGCAGAUCUCAUAUCGGACAUGGGCGUGGGUGGAGAAUGUAUAUCGUUUCUACCUCUACCCAAACGUCAAAGCACCGGGACAAUACCGUUUGGGAAGCGACAUUAUAUCGGUGCCCCGAUUAUACCAUCCGGGCGUCUAUUUUGGACAGUCCCGCUUCUGAUUUGCUUCUCCUUGAGCAUUAUUAUGUCUCCCGGAAAGGCCCCAGCUUCGAGCCCUUGGGACGUUUAUUCUGCGCUUGCAGACUUGGGAACUUUUCAGGUUAUUUGGGCCAUGGAGAGCGCAAGGUUUUGCAACGCCAUAACCUUUAUGAGCUGUUGUCUUCCAAUAUAUCUACUAGCCCACUCAAGCGUAGGGCUAUGGAGAACAGUGCCAGCUUACUUUACAUUCUACUAUGUGUUCUCUGCAUCAAAACGUCUCAUUCCUGACAGCCGUCCUAUACGAUUAUCAUAUGCCAAGUCGAUGAUCCCCGCACUGAUAGUUGGCUUCUACGUACCUUCACUAUGGGUUUGGACCUCGCAAUGGUCUUCACUUCAGCUACUCCUUAUCCCAGUUAUUUUUAGCUUCUUGCAUCGCUUCCUGGCCAGUUAUGUACAGGAUACGACGGUCGAUGACAGAAUAGAACGUCCAACGGCCGAUUUGCCAUGGAUCAGGGCAUCAUGUGCUUUGACCGUUUUAAUUUCUGUCGGCAUCUCCAUAUGCAGGCAUUUUGCGGUUCCUGAACAGGAUAGACUGGUUCACUCUCUGUCUUUGGAGGCCAUUUUAAACGCCCAUACAAUCGGUAUUGGUAGCGCAGUGGUCUGGGUUAUCUUGGAGUUGAAAGAUGUGAGCGUAGAAAAGAAGCUACGUCUACCUUGGUUAUACAUAUUUUUGGCUCUGCCUUUAUGCCUUAUCCUAUUUGGACCAGCAGCCACGUUUGCUUUGGGAUGGGGUCUGAGAGAGGAGAUCCUGGCUAGAGAUUAUAGAGAGAAAGCGUCGACACAUUUCGUCGCCUCUAGAGAACAUGUC